CACUGAAACUCUUUUGAAGUUUGAGGUUAUAUGUAUUCUGUUUAAAAGCCGCUGCUUGUUAUUACUUAUUAAAAUCCAGAAAUAGUAUUUUAAACUCGUUUUGUUGGUGUGUGUUGGUUCCCAGAAUGACCGAGUUUACCUUAGGCUACCGCGAAGUGAUAUCGGACCAAGAUCUGUUCGAGAAAUGGACCGAAAUCACCCUAACGACAGGGGGCACUCAGAGCACGUUGCAGGACAUAAAAGCCACCGAGAAGGCUAAUGGGUACAGCUAUGAGGAUUCAGCAAAGGUUUAUACAAGAAACCGUUUUAUAUACUGGCGCAUUAUCGGCGACUGCUUAGAGUUAAUUGAGCACAGUUUGGACGUGAAUCUAACAGGAAAUAAACUGAAAAUCCGAUUCACUGAUAGUCCUAUAAUCGAUGGCCUUUCCGUCCGGGAAACUGAGGAAAAUGUACUGAUUCUAGUGCCCACUGUUUGCAGUGUCCAUAGACUGAUUUUCCCGCAUCCUGCCAAGUUUCAUACACAAGAUGAUCUGCUAGGAAUCCAUCCGAACUUAGCUGCGCCGUCGAUUUUUUCAAAGGUCAAAGCUUCUGAUUUUAGGAAUACCAACAGUUUUUAUGUGUUCAAUAGCCCCAACUCAGCUAUCGAUCAGCUGCCGAACCUUGCCAGUUCCUUCUACAAUGCUGAUGCAGAGGAAGCCAUUUUUACAUUAGCAUACCCUUCGUCUGAACUGCUGUUGAUUAAACUGAGCAAGGAAGGCAAAUCAACAUGCCAAGAGCUGAAAGGCGAAUCGCUAAUGCCCAGGUUUUUAUCGGGCUUGACGGAGAAAUUCAGGGCGAAACAAAGUAACGACAAUCAAAUAAUCAGCACCUUAAUUGAUACGAUAGAUUAUGAAAUCUACAUCCUAACUCUAACAAGGAAUGGUCACUUGAAGUUCUGGUCAGGUCGAAAUGAGCAAUGCUUCGCAGUAGUGGAUGUUCUGGCCGAAAUUGGUCUCUAUGGCUCGGAUAAAUUACAAUCAGCUGCGUUGCGGAAGUCAAUGGAACAACGAGACAAAGACAACCGAUUUGCGAUUUUCCUAAAAUUCUCAGACACUUGCCAGUUUCACAUUAUCAGGACCAUCCUCAGCCCCCAGCAAAUCCAAGUUAAAAUCUUAAACACCCUUACAUCAGCCGAGAGCGAUUUGAUUGACUUUGCCCUGCAAUUCAACCGCAUUUGGGCAGCUUGGAGGAUCAACGAUGAUGAUUGCGUUAUCUAUUCGGCGUCCUUUCAGUCUCGCGUGUGGACUCCCAUUGUCAAAGAAGUUGUUCACGAUACAGAAGUGCCUCGAAACAGUGCGGAGUGUGAUCCUAGGCAGUUUUAUCUGCAGCAUCUCUUCCAUCCCGGCCGAUUUCCCCUUCAUAUUAUUAACAAGGCUUUAGGGAUUUAUAGAAAGUCAAACUUGAUGGGAACGGAAAUAAAUCUGACCUCAGUGGCGGCACUUAAACAAGCGAUAUGUUUGGCCAUAGAGAGCGACACACAAAGUUGCUUUUCAGAGGGCGACGUGGUUGAUCACGAGUUUUUGGAGUAUUCCGAAUGGUGUUGGCAGAAAUUCUACUCAUGCUGCAUCCAGUACCAUCGGGCCAGCUUGCGCCCACUAGGGUUUAUGCUGCUGCCCCAGAACUCGGGAGCGAUUUUAUUGAAAAAGGGCACAUUCUCCUUUCUCCGGCCGAUGGAACCGCUGGAGCACAUGGCCUUAUGCAGCAACUUCUUCUAUAAGUCCCAGUUUAUCAAUUUCGAUGUUUUGGAAUACGAGGAUGGGGCCAACAGUGGGCAGGUAUUGGACGACUUGCUCAUUCUAUUCGAAGCCCUCGUCUAUAUGGAAAAUCAGCUAAGCGCCCAGUUUAAAGCGACCUUUGAAGCAGAGCUCAGCAUCAACUUGAAUCCGGAGCGCGUUAUCACGCAGCUGCUGGAAACGCUGAAAACUGAAAUGGAGCAUGAGUUCAACACUCUAUGCGAGCACUUAUUCUCCCAACUGAACCAAACGGCGGAUCUGUACAAGGUGAUUCACAAGCUCUUGGAACUACUGCGGCAUGAUUCGACGGCAAGCAACCCGAACAAUGAGAUCAACCCGAACGCCCAACGAUAUUUCAGCAGUACUUUGGGGGUGUCGUUCGUGGCUUCCUGUCUAAGACAGCAGUGUCAAAACAGGUUUUCCAUUUGCCGAAAUCUGCUGACAAUGUGCGAAAUUUUGGUGAAAGGCGACACUUUGCAGACGAACGUUUCAGAGGCCAUCUACUCAGUGUGCAAGCCGGAAAUAAUUUACCUCACUCAAGCUUACUUCGUGAUGUUGUGGCUGACUAAGCUGCCUGCCUUAAACAACGUUCCACAGGAAUCCACUCUACAGCGGCUGACGCCCAUUAAGCUUACUCCCGCCUUCAAUGUGAGGCCGCAAGGCACGGUUUUUUCUCUGCUGGAGGUUUUCACGUCCUCUACUGGAGGGCAGGAAGCCCGAAAACUCUUGGCCAAAAUCGAAUACAACGAGCGAGCAAUGGCGCAUUGGCAUCUCAGUCUUUUGCCGUUUGUCAGUAGCUUGCGCUACACCCUUUGGCCCCUUAAAACCAGCACAGUCUUGCCCGAGUGGCUGGUGAGCAGCGGCCAGCACGUUUGGCUGCAGCAGUACGUCAAACUGCUCGGCACUUGGUGUGAUUGGAACAUUUCCAGCUGCAACUUUCUGCUGGCGGUGUCCUUUUUGACUAGCGCCGAAAACUACAAGGCGCUGGACUUGUUUGAGAUCGCCGCUAAAGGAAUCCUGCACGAGCCGUUCUUGCAGAAGCUGAUCAAAGGCGAGACCGGCAACCAGGCCUAUAUCGCCUACUACUUGAAGGUGAUUCAGUUGUUUGAGCUGCACAAAUCGCGCGACUGUUCCAUCCAGACAGCCAAGACUGCGUUGAGUAUCAUCGACGCGGACAACCCGAGAGUGGCCACGUUGUAUUCCGUGCAGUUUAAGCACCAUUUGGCGCUGCGCCACUACAAAGAAGCCUUUUACGCCUUGAAGGCCAAUCCUGACAACGAAAGGAAAAAGGACAACCUGCGCGAUCUGGUGAAGACUCUGCUUGAUGAGCGGAACUUUGAUAUGCUGUUGAGUUUCACGUAUGGUGACAUGGACGAGUUGUUCACCAGCAUCUUAUUGACCAGAGCUCGAGCCAUUGAUGCAGCCAACAAUAUAUUCUACGACUUCCUAUAUGCUUACCAGGUUAAACGGGGGCCGCUUUGCCACAGGUUGGCUGCCUCCGUAAUGUAUGAGCAGGCCUACAGGCUGUCGCAGUGCGAAUCGGCGGAUUCUUUGGAAAAACAGGUCAAAUGCUACCUGGCAGCCAAAAAUGUGCUGCAGUUAGUCGAUCCUCAGUAUGCGUGGGUGAUCCGCCCAGCGGAUCCAGACGAAGAACCCAACGAAGUCACUCUCGAAUGUUUGGCCGGGCUGCAAAAGGACAGCGAAAUGUUCCGCAUCAAAAAGCAAGUGGAAGUAGUCACAGUCGAUACGAUUAAAAAGGCCCUGACUUUUGCCUGUGCCAAAUUGCAACUAGAGCGAACGCAGCCUACUUUAGCCACGCAUAUUACAGCUCCCGAAGACUUGGUCACCCUAUUGAACAGCGUAGGCCAUUUCAAAUCAGCGCUGGAGAUUUGCAGCACCUUCAAUCUGCCUUAUGGGUCGGUGUUUGAAGCGCUGACUUGGCGCUGCGUCUCGCUCAGCGAAGAUCCACACAAUGAUGCCUGGUCUUGGCUACUCGAAAACGAUUUACAGGAUUUAUCGGCGGACAGAGAGAAUGUGGCGUCGAUAGUGUGGGAUUUGCUGAAAACCUAUCUGAUGAAAUAUGAAGAACCACACUCCACAGUGUUGCACAAGGUUGUGUGCGAGAAAAUUAUUAGCUUGAGGAUGUAUGUGCCAUUCUGGCUGCUGGCCUCCUAUAAGAUGCGGAACCCUGGCGAGUUGAUUAAAAUUCUCCAUCGCGCCGGGCGUCUGGAGGAAGCGAUUGAAGUUUGCCACGAGUACCUGCUUGCUGCCCUCGGCUACGGAAAGGAACUGUACGGCUUCAAGGCGUCUCUGGCGCCUAAUGCGCCCCUAUUUUGCGUCCCAGUCUACCCCAUUCAGGCCUUAAUCACUGAGCUGCGCCUUCAGAACGAAGCCGAUUUCAGCAGGCCCUUUGAAAAGGAGUACGAAGUUCUUAAUAGGCUGUUCCCCCAGUACUUGACGGUGGCAGUGAGAAUUUCCAACGAAAAGUGCCAGUGGACGAUGGUGCCAUUCAGCUCCAUUCCGAGCUAUUCGAGUAGAGCGGCGAUGUAGUGUACAUUUCAUAUUUUCUAAAUGAAGCCUUUUUAACUUUAA